UUAUACAGGUAAAUCCCCAAGUGAAAAUAAUAAAGACGUUAAUAAAGCUUUGGAAUCUUACAAAGGUUUUCUCCCAGAAGAAACAAAGGUUGCAACUGUUACAACAUCACCAAGUGAAACAAAUGUUGCAGCUGUUACAACAUCACCAAGUGAAACAAAUGUUGAAGCUGUUACAACAUCACCAAGUGGAGAAAAUCAAACAAAAGAAACAAGUCAAACUAGUGACUCAACUCAUCAGGCAACCGAAAAAGGAAACCAAGAAUCUACAGCAUUAACACAAGCACAAAAUUAUGAUGAAGAAGAUGAUGUAAUCAUAGUACCUAUAUUUGGAGAAUCAGAAGAUAAUUCUGAUGAUUUAGAUCAAAUAGUAACAGGAGAAGCAGUAACUCCUGUAGCUGAUAACAUACUUUCUAAAAUUCAAAAUGAAUAUGACGUUUUAUAUUUAAAACCUUUAGCUGGAGUUUAUAGAAGUUUAAGAAAACAAUUAGAAAAUAAUGUUAUGACAUUUAAUGUUAAUGUUAAGGAUAUUCUAAAUUCACGAUUUAAUAAACGUCAAAAUUUCAAAAAUGUCUUAGAAUCAGAUUUAAUAGCAUAUAAAGAUGUAUCUUCAAGUAAUUAUGUUAUCAAAGAUCCAUAUAAAUUCCUUAAUCCAGAAAAAAGAGAGAAACUCUUAAGCAGUUAUGAAUAUCUUAAAGAAUCAGUAGAUAAGGAUAUAAAAUUUGCUAAUGAUGUUGUUGGAUAUUAUAAAAUAUUAUCAGAGAAAUAUAAAUCAGAUUUAGAUGGAAUGAAAAAAUUUAUUGAAGAAAAAGAAAAAGAAGUAACUAAAAAAACCGAAAACGAAAAAUUCCUUCCCUUUUUAAACAAUAUUGAGACUUUAUAUAAAACAUUAAAAGAUAAAAUCGAUGUAUAUGUAAUUCAUUUAAAUGCAAAAGUUGUAAAUUAUAAUUAUGAGAAGAAAGAUUUAGAACUUCACAUAAAAAAACUUCAAGAUCUUAAGAACAUUCAGGAAAAAUUGGACGAAUUUAAGAAGAAACAUAAAUUAGAAGGAUUAAAUGAAUUAUCAACAGAUGCAAAGAAAAAAGAAAUGCUUGAUAAAUUAAUUAAAACAGGAUUAGUUGAUGAAAAUCUUGCUAAUAAAGUAUUGUCAAAAUUAAUUGAAGGAAACUUUCAAGAUAUGUUUAAUAUUUCACAACAUCAAUGUUUAAAAACACAAUGUCCAGAAAAUUCUGGAUGUUUCAGACAUUUAGAUGAAACAGAAGAAUGUAGAUGUUUCUUGAAUUUCAAACAAGAAAAUAACAAAUGUGUUCCUAAUCCAAAUGCUACCUGUAGUGUAGAAAAUGGUGGAUGUGAUAGAGAUGCCACAUGUACUGAAGAAGGUUCAGAUGACAACGGAAAGAAAAUUACAUGUGAAUGUACUAAACCUAAUUCUUAUCCACUCUUCGGUGGUAUUUUCUGCAGUUCCUCUAACUUCUUAGGAAUAUCAUUCUUAUUAAUACUCAUGUUAAUAUUAUACAGUUUCAUUUAA